GGACGAGACGAAAAGCGAUACAAAGCGACGAUGGAGUCCUUGAUCCCCUACCUCGACCGUCACCUCAUCUUCCCUCUGCUGGAGUUCCUCUCCAUCAAAGACCUUCACCCCGCGGACGAGCUUCGCCAGGCCAAGUAUGACUUGCUGUCGCCUACGAACAUGACCGACUACAUUUCCAACCUGUGGAAGGAGAUCAAUGGCAAGGACGAGGUUCCCGAGGAGUUCACCCAGAAGCGCGAGGAGGUUUUGAAGACUCUGGCUAGUCUUGAGGAGGAGGCAAAGAAGGUCCUCGCUGUUUUGGAGAAUCAGGAGGUUGUUGCGGCAUUACGGCAAGACAAGACCCAGAACCUCCAGUACCUCCAGGAGAACCACGGCAUCACCGCCGAGAACAUCAACGUCCUCUACAAGUUCGGUCAGUUCCAGUACAACUGCGGUAACUACCCCGCCGCCGCCGACUUGCUCUACAACUUCCGUGCAUUGUCUACCGACUCUGACCUAAACUCUUCUGCUACCUGGGGAAAGCUCGCCGCUGAGAUCUUGACUGUCAACUGGGAGGGUGCUAUGGAGGAGCUCACCAAGCUCCGCGAUUCUAUCGACCAGAAGGCGUUCGUUGACCCUCUGGUUCAGCUUCACCAGAGAACAUGGCUCAUUCACUGGGCUUUGUUCCCCUUCUUCAACCACGAGAACGGACGCGACGCGCUCUGUGAGCUCUUCUUCUCCCCCAACUACAUCAACACCAUCCAAACCUCAUGUCCUUGGAUCCUCAGAUACCUCGCCGCCGCUGUCAUCACUAACCGUAGCCGUGGACGUAACUCCCAGAACUACCAGAAGCAGAUCAAGGACCUCGUCCGAGUUAUCAAGCAGGAGGGCCACGAGUACAGCGACCCUAUUACCGAGUUCGUUAGCGCUUUGUACAUCCGCUUCGACUUUGAGGACGCACAGAAGAAGUUGGAGGAGGCUGAGAAGGCGCUCAAAAGCGACUUCUUCUUGGUUGCUACCGCUGAGGAGUUCGUUGACGCUGCGCGUCACCUCAUCUCCGAGGCUUACUGCCGCAUCCACCAGAGAAUCGACAUCAAGUACUUGUCUACCCGCUUGAACCUCUCCCAGGACGAGGGUGAGAAGUGGAUCGUCAACCUUAUCCGCGACACCAGAGUAGACGCCAAGAUUGACUUUAAGGAGGGAACGGUGUUGAUGAACCACCCAGCAAACUCGGUGUUCCAGCAAGUGUUGGAGAAGACGAAGGGUUUGAGUUUCAGGAGUCAGGUAGUUGCGCAAACCAUUGCGAAGAGGGAGGGCGAGGCUCGGGCUGCUGCUACUGCUACUGCUACUGCUACUGCUACUGCUACUGCUACUGCUACUGCUACUGCCACUGCUACUGCUACUGCUUCGCAGUGAGUGUAGGAUUUUGCAUUUUGUUGCGCGUUGCGUGUUGCGUUGCGUUGCGUUGCGUUGCCUUGAAUUGGAUUGAUAUGGUUGGAAAAGUUGGCUUUUUU